AUGUACCACAGCAGCACCCAGCGCAAGCACUGGACGUUCCGCAGCGAGCAGGAGCUGGAGCGGUGCCGGGACGAGGCCAACCGCAACUUUCACAGCAAGGCGGCGGCGACUGGGAAGGUCCCGCAGAACGACCCUCGGCUUCUGAAGCCCCACGAGGAGCUGGCGAUAUGCAAGCACUACGAAAAGCGGCUGCUGGACUUCUGCUCCGUCUUCAAGCCCAACAUGCCGAGAUCCGUGGUGGGAACAGCUUGCAUGUAUUUCAAACGUUUUUACCUCAAUAACUCGGUGAUGGAGUAUCAUCCUCGGAUAAUAAUGCUGACAUGUGCAUUUUUGGCCUGUAAAGUGGAUGAAUUUAAUGUGUCCAGCGCACAGUUUGUUGGUAACCUUAGAGAAAGCCCUGCUGGACAGGAAAAAGCUCUUGAACAAAUACUGGAAUACGAGCUACUGCUUAUUCAGCAACUGAACUUCCAUCUUAUCGUCCACAAUUCAUACAGGCCAUUUGAGGGAUUUCUAAUCGACCUAAAGACUCGCUAUCCAGUGCUGGAGAAUCCUGAAGUUCUGAGGAAAACAGCUGAUGACUUCCUCAGUCGAGUGGCUCUGACGGAUGCAUACCUGCUUUUCAGUCCCUCACAGAUAGCUCUUGCUGCUAUAUUGUCUAGUGGUUCAAGAGCAGGAAUUAAUAUGGAAAGUUAUUUAUCAGAAAGUCUUAUGCUGAAAGAAGACAGAACAACCUUAGCCAAGCUACUAGAUGGCAUGAAAUGCAUGAACAAUCUUAUAAGGAAAUAUGAGCUGCCAAAGUCUGAAGAGGUUGCUGCUCUAAAACAGAAAUUGGAGAAAUGUCACAGCUUGGAUCUUCUACUUAAUACAAACUCGAAGAAGAGGAAAGGUUAUGAAGAUGAUGAAUAUGUUGCAAAGAAACCUAAAAUGGACGAGGAAGAGUGGACUGAUGAUGAUUUUGUGGACUCGGUGUAA